AUGGCCUCCGGUCGUGGUACAUCAAGCAGCGCGAAUCCUAAAGCUGUGGUCUCCCGAUCGUUCUGGAAGGCUCGAGGCCUCAUCCGAUCUCCCCAGAACCUUCUAAACCCAGUUAGGAAUCCCCCUCCCCCAAGAAAGCUUUCCCGCUCCUCCUUUACAAAACCCCCCAGCAUGGCCCGUCUGCUGUCUCUGAUGGAGGACGUCGCAACUAAGACCGGCGGCCUCUCCUCCACUGCUGGUGCUGGGGCGUCGCGGCUCGGACGGUGGGUGGCCAAGGAGGACGACGACGCGGUGUACCUCAAGGUGCCGAUGCCGGGGCUGACCAAGGAGCACGUGAAGGUGCGCGCGGACAAGAACAUCCUGGUGAUCGAGGGCGAGGGCGAGAAGCAGCCCUGGGACGGCGACGACGACUCCGCGGUGCCAAAGUACAACCGCCGCAUCGAGAUGCCCGCUGCUGACGCGUACAAGAUGGACAAGAUCAAGGCCGAGAUGAAGAAUGGCGUGCUCUGGGUCACCCUGCUCAAGGUCAAGGAGGAGGAGCGCACGGACGUCUUCCACGUCAAGGUCGAGUAGGCAGUGCCGUCGUGGUAGUGCUCAUGGAGGAUGGCCGACGCGAGAGUGUGAGAGACGCCUUGUUGAUGUGGGCAUGUUUGGUGUCUUUCUCCUUGUUUUGCUUCGUUGAUCGUCUUGGAUCCAGUAGGUAGUGGUCUGAUGGUGAAGUUGGUCGCGAACUCUGUCAAAUUUGCUCUAGUUUCGGCAUAUGAUGAACUUGCUUUGGUGGUGAAA